GAAAAGACAGAACCGAUUCCCUUGUACAUCAUUUACUGCCCUUCUCUCUCCGUCCGCCUGCGGCACACGCAAAAUCCUCAUCCCCUGACGCCGCAGCCCUGGUGAGUUCUUUGGCUUCUCUUCCAUUUCUCGUGUCUUUAUCGAUUUUGAUUGGCAUCACUCUUGGAGUUGGUGGAAUUAUGAUUUGGGCAUAAACCCAAUUUCAUCCGCUGUUGGCGAAUGCGCUGAGAAAUCGGAUGUGUUCGAAUCAAACGAUCUGAGGAGAAAAUCAGGCCGAUUUCGCCCUUCUUCAGAGUUGUUUUCCGUUUGCUUUUGGUGGGUAUUCCUUCUCGUUGGUUCCCAGUUUUGGAAACGCUCUCGAAGAGUUCAUAAAUUUCGCAAGCUUCCGUGUCCAUUCACGUGAAAUGUCCGAACUUCUCCCGUGCCCUGCUUAAAGUUCGCAACUUUUCGCAUGCCCAUGUAUCAAAGAGAUGAACUUUUCUUUUCUUUCUUCCCUUUUUCCCCAUUCGGUUGAGUGAAACCUCAUGCUUUGACAUGAAUUCGGCGACCCUUUUGUUGAAUUUCUAGCGGAAGGGCUGUGUCAGGAGGGCGAAAUUGAUGCAUGUGAGUCGACACGAGCUCCUUUAAUGGCGGUUUUGUCUUCCAUGAAGAGCCAUCAGUCCAGCGAAAUCCCAGAGGAUAGGCUAAGCAGCCUCCAUGACAGCGUUCUUUGCAGAAUCCUGAACCGUCUUCCUAUUGAGGAGGCGGUUCGGACCUGUGUAUUGGCCAGAAGAUGGAGAAAGACAUGGACCAACAUUACAGAUCUGCAGUUCGAUGAUAAGAAGCAAAGGGAUCAUGGAGAUAAUCGGUUUGUGCAGCUCGUUCAACAUGUUCUGCAUGGCGUCAGCAGUCCACAUAUAAACAGUUUCUGUCUGGAGUCGGUCAAUACCUGCGAAGAAUCAGUUCUUGGUCCGUGGUUAUCCACCGUUCUGAGCCGCUGUCUUCAGAGGCUUGCUAUCACUUGGUAUGAACCCGAAAGCUUAGACCUUUCUCCAUUCUUCGGUAGGUUUAGCUCUCUCGUGGAAUUGAGGCUCCGAGUGAAUAGCAUUCUUAACAUCUAUGGUCCAGUGAAACUCCCGAAUCUUCGGUUCUUUAGCCUUGAGGAUGCUAGAAUCUUUAACGUGUCUUCUGCCUCGGGUCAGCUCUGUUUCUGUCUCCCUGCCCUUGAAACUUUCGAAGCUUCUUAUUGCCAUUGCUUCGGGACCAGUAGCAUAGUCAUAGAUUCUCCAUGUCUCGAGCUUUUUGAGAUGAUCGAGUGUAGCUUUGAGCAAAUACCCGAUGGGUCUGGCAAUUGUCACAUCAGAGUCUUAGCUCCAAAUCUAGCGAAAAUUAUGUUUUCAGGCAGUCUUCCCCAGACGGUUUUCCUGUCCUUUCCAUUGUCGUUACCCGAUGCAUAUCUCAGCCUUGGCAAAUGGUGCUGGACCCCGAGCUUUCUCGAAGGCUUUUCAUGCGUUAAGAGCUUGGGUCUCGAGCUUAGCAACGAUUUCGGAACAGCGAAGGUGCCGAAAUUUAGACAGUUGGUUUACUUGCAUCUGAUCUACGACAUGGUGGAACAUCGUAAUCUGAUGAAGUUUCUCGAUCGAUCGCCAAAGCUCGAGAUGCUAAGCAUCCGUGACCUGGAAUCCGUGAAUCCGAUCUACCAUUCGUCGCUGUUCUCGAUUGAGCCACCGGAUUGCGUUAGAACCACGAUAAGGGUCCUGCAAAUCAGAAAUUUCAACGCCAGCUUGCAGCAAUUAACGGUGGUGAAGUAUUUUAUGGAGAAGGCCGAGAUUCUUGGACCGGUGAUCCUUUGCACGCCCAAGUAUACGCAUGUCCCCGAAGAAAUCAAAGCUCGGAUCUUGAAUUACCCCAAGGCCUCGGCCAAUGUCCGUGUUUUCUUCGAGUGAAGCCGUGCCGGAUUGUUGCUUGUUGCUUACAGAGAGUAUGAUUCCAUCUGAAACUUUUAUACAGAGAAAAGAGAUGUCUCUAUGUGAGUGAUGAUAUUGUUCCGAACCUCAAAAACAGUAUGUUCUUAAAUAAGUUGAUCCAACA